CAGCACAGAAGAAAUCAGCAGCAAUGGCGGCAAAUAAGGAGGCAGUGGUGAUCAUCCUCGAUGUUGGACCUCAUAUGAACCAGGGAGCACCCGGCAAGCCGAGCGACCUCGAAGAAGCUAAGACAUGUGCCGAACUGAUGAUCCAACGCAGGAUUUUCUCAGAGUCGAAGGACGAGAUAGCCCUCGUCGUGUGCGGGAGCCAGAAGACGAACAACAGCCUGUCGAGCGACAAUGAGUACACUCACAUCGACGUUGUUGCCAAUCUGCAGCCAGUCAGCUUCGGCCUGCUCGAGAAGCUCGGCAGCGUGAAGAGCACCCAGCACACGUGUGACUUCGUCGACGCAGUUGUGGUCGCUUUGGACGUCCUGAUGGAUCAGACGAAGAACCAGAAGUUUGCCGGGCGCAAGGUUGUACUGCUGUCCAACCUCGGCGGAGCGUUUGACGACAGUCAGCAGAACGUCAUUGCCAACGGGAUGAAGAACUCCAGCCUGUCGCUCACGGUCGUCUGCCCGUUCGACAUCGAAAACGGAGUGGACGACACCGCCAAGUUGUCGCCGAGUCAGCGGAAGGCCGUAGGCUACGUCAGCAAGAUCCUAAAGACCGUGGAGGGAGACGCCUACACGUUCAGCCAAGCGGUGCCGGCUUUGACGACGUACGAGAAAAAGAGGGUUCGGCCGACGCCUUGGAACGCCAACCUUGAGAUCGGCCCAGAUCUGUCCAUUCCUAUAUCCUCCUACAUCAAGAUCUCCGAGGCCAAGCCGAAGACGUGGAAGCAGUGUGUAGCGCAGCGGCCCGACGUGCCCGUGCGCUGCGACGCAACCCUGUACCGCAACGACGAGAAGGAGACCGAGGUGGAGAAGGCGGAGACGGUCGCGGGGUACCGGUACGGCACCACCCUGGUGCCCUUCAGCGACGAAGACAGGGACAGCCUGGAGUGCACCAGGGGAGGGCGGGGCCUCCAGGUGCUCGGCUUCACAGAUGCCGCAAACAUCAAGAGGCAUUACUACAUGGGCGACAAGACGUCUUACGUGCUUGCCAGGAAGGGCGACGAGUCCGCCGAAGCGGCCAUGUCUGCUUUGAUCCAAGCUCUGGACAAGUCCAAGAUGGUGGCCAUCGUGCGUUACGCCUUCUCGGAGCGGAGCUCUCCGCGAAUGGGCUUUCUGAGUCCACGAAUAAAGGAUGAAUAUGAGUGCCUGGUGUUCGUUCAACUUCCGUACAUGGAGGAUCUCCGUCGUUUCACCUUUGCUCCUUUGGAUGCCAACAAGGACAACAUACCAACCGAAGAACAGCUCUCUGUCUUUGACGACCUCAUAGCUGCUAUGGAUCUGUCUGAGGUCGAAGUAAACGGAGAGCCGCAAGAGCUCUUCAAGUCUAGUCAGACAUGCAACCCAUACCUCCAGCGUUUCUACCAGUGUGUGCAGCACAGAGCACUCCACCCAAAGGAUCCCCUUCCAGAGGUGGCACCACACGUCGCAGAUGCACUGAAGCCACCCAAAGCGAUUACCGAGCUGGCCCGUCCAGUGCUGGAGAAAAUGGCCUCCCUGUUUCCUCUGCACGAAGUGGUUCCAGAGAAGCGGAAGCAGGACAACACCGUCACCAAAAAUGGUGGAGGGACUGUGACAAACGCCAGUGUCUCGUCGGACGAACCGGCUGCCAAGAAAUCGCGGGCGGAUUUCAGCAUGGCUGACCUCGUUGCCACGGCGACAACAAAGGUAGAUGUGGUGAACCCCGUGGAAGACUUUAAGAAGCUCUUGGCCGACAAAGACCAUAGAUUCGACGAUGUGUGCAGUCAACUUGAAGGGGUGAUCUUGAAGCUCUUCGACGACACACUGGGCAGGGCUGUCUACGCCAAGGCAGUGCGUUGCCUCCGGGCUUACAGGGAGGCUUCGCUAGAGAAAAGCAAUCCUGGGAAGUUCAACGACUUUAUGAACAAGCUGAAAUCUCUGUACAGCAUCAAGCGGGAGGAACUUUGGGAGCUCUUGAUAAAAGAGGCAGUUCAACCAGUCGGAAAAGCGGAGUGUUCCAAGAGCGCGCUGGAAGACGACGAAGUCAAGCGGUUUUAUGUCGUCGAAAAGGAGGCGGAGGAAAAGAAGGAGGACGAACCAAAAGACGAGGAUGAUUUGCUGGACAUGAUGUGAAAGACACCAAGCCCUUGAAGUGCUCAACAUGAAGCAAAGUACAAUAAUUCAUUAGGGUCAUUAACAACCACGAGAUAUUCAUAUGCAUGUUCCUCGCUCGCCUAUUCCAACAGAGUAAACAAAUAAAGCAACAGGUCCUUUUCUUCCGUUCACAG